AUGAAUACUUUUUGGGAGAAUAUAAGUAAAUUUCCAAGAUUUUUAAUUUCUGUAAUUGCAGGGUUUUUCUUGACAACUCUUUACCCAAUUUUUGAGUUAUUAAAGGAUAAAAAAAAGAGAUUUUUUACAGUUAUAAUUGUCUUGCUAAUUAUAACAUCAACAUACACACUUUUAAGGCUAAUGCUUGCGAUAAAUUAA